AUGAAUUACCACAGAAGAAGCAUAGCUUCCUCAUUUCUGGAUGCUUUUUCUUUGAACCCUCUACCAUUCCCAGUUCUUCUAGUCCUAGCAGUGGUUUGCAUCUUUCUGGUUAUCCAAUGGUUCGUUUCUUACGAGGACGUGGUUGAGUCCGCCAAGGAAGGCUUUGGUUGGGUGCUACUGCCUGUGCCUCUGCUGUUGCUAUUCCCCGCGCAUUGGCUGUCGAGUACCGAAAACCUGGAAUGGAUGUUGAGUGUGCCGCCAUGGGCACGUCAGAGAAUAAUGUACUACUGGCCAUCGGAAGGGAGCUCGCCGUGGGGCGUUGCAGCCUUGAUCAUUUUGUUGCUUGUCUUGCUUCAGUACCAGUCCACUUUUCUUGGUAUGUGGUUUUAG